AUGAUUUCACGUCAUCUUCAAAACUACCUUAUGAGUGUGGACCCAGUCAGCAGCCAGACUAUGGAGCUCUCUGACAUCACUCUCAUUGAGGGUGUGGGUAAUGAGGUGACGGUGGUGGCAGGUGUGGUGGUACUGAUUCUAGCCUUGGUCCUAGCUUGGCUCUCUACAUACGUAGCAGACAGCAGUAACAAUCAGCUCCUGGGCACUAUUGUGUCAGCAGGCGACACAUCUGUCCUCCACUUGGGGCACGUGGACCACCUGAUGGCAGGCCAGGGUACUUCAGAGCCAACUGAACUCCCUCAUCCAUCAGAGGGUAACGAUGAGAAGGCUGAAGAAGCUGGCGAAGGUGGAGGAGACGCCACAGGGGAGCCUGGAGCUGGGGGUGGUAUUGAGCCCAGCCUUGAGCAUCUGCUGGACAUCCAAGGCCUGCCUAAGAGACAAGUGGGUCCAGAGAACAACAACCCAGAGGGCUCCCUGAGAUCUGAGGAUAGCAUCUGCCUACCUCCCAGCCCAGGCCUCAUCAAUGUACGGCUCAAAUUCCUUAAUGACACUGAGGAGUUGGCUGUGGCCAGGCCAGAGGAUACUGUGGGUGCUCUAAAGAGCAAAUACUUCCCUGGACAAGAGAGCCAGAUGAAACUCAUCUACCAGGGCCGCUUACUGCAGGACCCAGCUUGCACACUGCGUUCUCUGAACAUUACCGACAACUGUGUGAUUCACUGCCACCGUUCACCCCCAGGGUCAGCUGUUCCAGGCCCCUCAGCCUCCUUGGCCCCCUCCUCUGCCACUGAGGCGCCCAGCCUUGGUGUCAAUGUGGGCAGCCUUAUGGUACCUGUGUUUGUGGUGCUGUUAGGUGUUGUCUGGUACUUUCGUAUCAAUUACCGACAGUUCUUCACGGCACCUGCCACUGUCUCCCUGGUGGGAGUCACGGUCUUCUUCAGCUUCCUAGUGUUUGGGAUGUAUGGACGAUAA